CGGCCCGUUCCAGCGCCCCUCCCUCGGCUUCCCCACCCAUCCCGACUGGCUCUUGGCAGCAAGCGGCGGUUGGAGAAAGCCCAGGAGGCGAUCGCGUGGGGAAAGGAGGGGGAGAGGCGACGAACGGAGCGCGCGUGCGGCGGCAUCUGCGAGGGAAGUCUGGAGUGACCGACCGACCGACCGCCUUUGGGGGGAGGGGUAGCCUGCGGACAGCAUGGCGGCUGGGCGCGAGCCGCCGCCGCCUCCUCGUCGCCGCCUUCUUCCUCGGUCCCCUGCCAGCACCCUGGCCACCGCCGCUCGAGCGUCGAGGCCCACCGACCUUCUCCCUCUGCCCCACUGACUGACAGAGAGAAGGGGGAAAAGAAGACACAAGGAAGGAAGGAAAGAAGCCUCGCCCUACCCGGCCCAUCCCGGCCAUGGAGCUCGCCAAGCCGGUCUUCCCCGCGCUGCCGCAGCCCAAAGAGGACUCCGAGGAUUGGACAUACCCAAUGAGAAGAGAAAUGCAGGAAAUUUUACCUGGGUUGUUCUUAGGCCCAUACUCUUCAGCUAUGAAAAGCAAGCUACCUAUACUUCAGAAACAUGGGAUCACUCAUGUAAUAUGCAUAAGACAAAACAUUGAAGCAAAUUUUAUUAAACCAAACUUCCAGCAAUUAUUUAGGUAUUUAGUCUUGGAUAUUGCUGAUAAUCCCAUUGAAAAUAUAAUUAGGUUUUUCCCGAUGACUAAGGAGUUUAUUGAUGGGAGUUUACAGACUGGAGGAAAAGUUCUUGUGCAUGGGAAUGCAGGGAUUUCUAGAAGUGCUGCCUUAGUUAUUGCAUAUAUUAUGGAAACAUUUGGUGUGAAGUACAGGGAUGCAUUUACAUAUGUGCAAGAAAGAAGGUUUUGUAUUAAUCCCAAUGCUGGAUUUGUUCAUCAACUUCAGGAAUAUGAAGCCAUCUAUCUAGCAAAGUUAACUAUUCAGAUGAUGUCACCUCGGCAGCUGGAGCGAUCACUCUCAGUUAGUACAGAAAACAUCUUUCUUAUUGCCUAAUCUCUUGAAUUUUACUGCCUGCUUCAUAGGAAGUCUAAAACGAACACAUGAAGAGGAUGAAGAAAUCAGCAGUGUACAAGCAGCAGCUCAGAAUGGUUGACAGCUGAAGAUACCUGGACUUGAUUGUUAAAAGUUUUAUAGCAGCUUCUAAUCUUGGCAAGAUGAACCACCAGAUACAAAUUUAAAAAUGGAAGAUGAGUCCAACUUCCUUAUGCAAACCUGUUCCUUCAGCAUACCAGGCAACAUUUUUAAGGUAUUGGAUUCCUUGACUGACUAGAAGGCACUGAUUGUUUUACUGUUUUUUUUACACUUUAUAGUUUUACCUUUACCCAAAAGUUUUGGACUUGCAAAGAGGUAUUAUUGCAAUAAUGCACUUUUCAUACUUGAAAUUUCUUUAUUUGUAUUGAUAAAGUUAUUACUUAAGCAAAACAUGAGUUGGGAGAUGAUUUGUUUAUAAAGAUUUGUGUAAUUUAUAAGAAGAGUCUUUAGUAAAAAAAAAAAAAAAACCAAAAGAAAAGAACAUAAAUUAACUGUGGGUGGUAUUUUUUGUUUUCCAAAUUAAGGCUUCAGGCAGAAAAUAGAUUAGAACUACUGCUGUGAUUAUCAUGAAAUGAAAACAGUAGGGAUCAGUGUCACUGAUGUAUUACAACAGAAAACCUAAGAUUUUCUUCCAAAUAAAAUGUUCUUUUGUCUACAUUUGGCUUCCUGCUGAAAGGCAAGAAUCCAUUGUAAGACAGUUUUUCUAGGGGAAAUCCACAAAAAAGGUUCAAGUAGGCAAAUACUGAUAUUUGACUAUUUACUCUUCAAGCUGAACAUAAUCAGUUAUCUAUAUCUUGUUUUCCAGUAUUUCAUUUUUUGUUUUCCAGCCCUAAAAAUAUCUCAGGGUUAUUCUUUGCUGCCAGUGAAGUAUCCCUCAGAGCUCUCUUGAUGGAUCCCAAGUUGCAGAGACCUGAAUCAAGCAAUCAGCAAUUUUUUCAGAGAGAAUUGAAAGCGGUGGCUUUUUUAAAAAACAAACAAACCAGUAUCUGCUAACUAAACACUUUAAUCCAGUGUUUUUCAACCUUAGCAACUUUAAGAUCUGUGGACUUCAACUCCCAGAAUUCCCCAGCCAGCAAUUCUGGAAGUUGUAGUCCACACAUCUUAAAGCUGACAUGGUUGAGAAACACUGCAUUAAUCCCAUUCAACCUUCAAGGUCAGUAGAGCAUGCAUUGUUCUUCUGUAUCCAUUCAGCCCAAACUGAAAUCUUCAGAUGCGUUGCUUGAAGUUUAAAAAAGGCUAGUAUUGCUUCCCUUUUUCUGUCUGUGCAAUAAGAGUUGCAGGAGUUCAUGUAGGAAAAAAAACCCCUUAAAACUAAAAGCAAGAUACAUUUUGUUUUAAUCAGAACUUGAAGCAUUGAUUAUUCUACUCUGGGUGGGGGCAGAAUAAUCACAUUGCUGGACUAUGUGCCUAUUCUUCCAGUAAAAGCAGAAUUUGGAAAAGCAUGGAACAGCUGUAAAUAACAUACUUUGCAGAAAAUCUGUGCAACUGAUUAAUUAAACAGCACUUGUAGACUGUCCCAAUAAAGUGAUACUCUUGGCAUGUGGGAUUAGAGAUUCAUAACAUGUACCAUUUUCUCUCUUAAUAUGUGAAACUGAAUCAACAGUGUUCUUAAGAGAAUCAUUCA